GUCUUAUAUAAUGAUGCCAGGACAUUAUUAGUGAAGAGAACUUCAGAGAACAGCUGCAGGAUUAAAGAAAUCUCAUGCAUUUGCAGCUUUAUGCAUCUGAAAAUGAAAUCUGUGUGCUCUAUCGAGUAUGAGAUAUCCAUUUAGCCUUAUUUUAUGUGAUUUUCUACGAGUAAUCGGACCUAUAGACUGAUCAACCUCACCGUUAACUUAACCUGGAGUCUCUUUGGGUUUAACUGUUUCUGAAGCCCAUGAAGGUACUAUAUACCAGUGCGCCACCAGGCCGCGCCACUGGGAGCGUGGAUGUGCUCUCCCACAUUUGUUUUUACAGCUCUGACGUCAGCAACCUGCAACUGAACGAAUGAACUAACGGAGCACCGAGCCCCUACCGGAGCUACCGGGAGGCAGUAGUGUUACAGAGCGAGUCCCCGCCGCCGCCCGCCCCGGAGGAGCCAAACGGAAGAACCGAGCAAUGCGCACCGCCGCCCAGUAACGCAGAAUAGACGAGUGGAGAAGAAGAAGAAGAAGAAGAAGAAGGGAACCGUUAUCGUGAUUUACUAACGGAGGAAAAAAGAGAAUAGAAAGACACGGACAACGGACGGACCAGCUCCAAGACCACGCGUGAGAAGCGACCAGCUGCGGAGGUUUUAUCGUCUCGGUGUUGCGCUGUGGAUCAAACCGAGCGGAUCCCUGAUUUCAAUGCUUUAACGGUGCUUCUACCCGGCUGCCCAGAAAGAAACAGAGGGAUCGUAGAGGGAUCGAAGCCUGAGCAGAGAAAAGGGGGGCAAUAAACCAGCGAAGGAAAGAAAAAGGAUUUGCGGUUGAAGUUUCAUUCAUUCGUCUAAUUAUUGCGCUUUCUUCCGUGGAUCCCGGUACCGAUACUCUAUCAAGCUGUGUUCUCUGACCAUGGGAUGUACUCUGAGCGCAGAGGAGAGGGCGGCUCUGGACCGGAGCAAAGCCAUCGAGAAAAACCUGAAGGAGGACGGCCUCACCGCGGCCAAAGAUGUUAAACUGCUGCUGCUCGGGGCUGGAGAGUCAGGGAAAAGCACCAUCGUCAAACAGAUGAAGAUCAUCCACGAGGACGGUUUCUCCGGCGAUGACGUAAAGCAGUACAAGCCCGUUGUUUACAGCAACACCAUCCAAUCUUUGGCCGCCAUCGUCCGCGCCAUGGACACGCUGGGCCUGGAGUAUGGAGACAAAGAGCGCAAGACGGAUGCGAAGAUGGUGUGCGAUGUGGUCAGUCGUAUGGAGGACACGGAGCCUUACUCUGCUGAGCUGCUCUCCGCCAUGAUGCGUCUGUGGUCUGACUCGGGCAUCCAGGAGUGCUUCAGCCGCGCCCGAGAGUACCAGCUCAACGAUUCAGCGCAGUACUACCUAGACAGCCUAGAUCGAAUUGGUGCGGCAGACUACCAGCCCACAGAGCAGGACAUCCUGAGGACCCGAGUGAAGACCACAGGCAUCGUCGAGACACACUUUACCUUCAAAAACCUUCAUUUCAGGCUGUUUGAUGUGGGAGGUCAAAGGUCAGAGAGGAAGAAGUGGAUUCAUUGUUUUGAGGAUGUCACAGCCAUCAUUUUCUGUGUGGCGCUCAGCGGAUAUGACCAGGUGCUGCAUGAGGACGAGACCACGAACCGCAUGCACGAGUCUCUCAAGCUGUUCGAUUCCAUCUGUAACAACAAGUGGUUUGAGGAAACCUCCAUCAUCCUCUUCCUGAACAAGAAGGACCUCUUUGAAACCAAGAUCAGCAAGUCGCCGCUGUCCAUCUGUUUCCCCGAGUACACUGGUGUAAACACUUACACAGAGGGACUGGGAUACAUCAAGUCUCAAUAUGAGAGCAAGAACAAGUCACCCAAGAAAGAAGUGUACUCCCACGUGACCUGUGCUACGGACACCAACAACAUCCAGUUUGUCUUUGACGCCGUCACUGACGUCAUCAUAGCUAAUAACCUCAAAGGGUGUGGCCUGUACUGAUGAUGUUAUUAAACUUUGGCCAAUGGAUGCUGGGUGUUUGACUUGUAUGUGAGAGAGUCGGUCAAAUGUGGGAUCUGAGCUGUUCUCAUUUCUCAUACUGGCCAAAUUUGAAUUAACUGGUUGGUUUUUGGUGGUUGGUUGGCUGAGACAUCUUAUCUUUUUCAAUCCUAAUUAAGAACCGUUCAUUUUAAUCGUACCUUCUAUCUAAAAUCUGUUCUCGCUGUGCUACAGAUAUUCUGCACAAUACCUAAGCUGAGAAGCAGAACGAGAGACCAGCUGAGCCGAACACAGUGUACUGAGUCACUCGUCUACCAGAUGUAUUUACUUUUUUUCCUUUGAUUUCAAUUUGUGUAUUCAUACUUUUCUAUCAUAAAUUUGUCCCUUAUACCAAAAGUCGACGCAAACGUGCAUAUGAUUAGUCUUAGUGGGGGUCAAGUUUAGCCAACUCAAAGCUUCAAUCAAAACUGACUUUAUUGCAGGCAUUUUAAGUACUAAGUAUUAAUUUCAGAGCUGUUAAGUCAAUGAAAAUAAUUGUAUGAUAUUUUCAGAGUAGUAGAGUAUUUGUGCCCACUAAGAAGCUGAGGGGGGAGUUACAGCAACACUUUUGUGAAAUGCAAAUGAUAAAAAUAAUGAUCUAUAAUGAAUUUUGUAUGUUUUAUUUGAAUGGGAUUGCCACUUUUACACGUAAAGUUCCCAUAGUGAAAAACAGAGUACACCCUGGUCACUAGUGGGUGGUCCACAGGGACACUGCAGACAGACAGACACUCCUGCUGGAUGCUUAUUUGUGCUGUGAACUUUUAUCCUGGUCAUCCUCACAUUAAAGGUCCACUCUGUGGACUUUUUAAAAUAAAAUCGUGUCAUUCUAAAGAGUCGGGCCGUGAGAACAUAGCACGAAAUCUUACUGCUGUGCAUUUCAUCCAGGAUGAAACUUUUUAGGCCCGUGUAGAUUUCAGUAAACCUCCUGAUAGUUUCCUCUUUUGAUUGGAUCUAAUUUCAUAGUGUAAAUGAGUGCAUAAAGAGGAUGUUGUUGCUUGAGCCACGCCACUGUCAUCGUUAAUCCCUGCAGACGUCAUUCCCAGCUGCAGGCUCAUCUUGCUUCUUGCAUGGGACUCCUUAAAAUCAAUUCAAACAAAGAGCCACAGAAGCUUGUGCCGUUUCUGCCUGGAUAAUGCAUCAGCAGAAGUAUUGAUUUUAAAGGGCACUGGCACUGCAUCCACUGUGUCAGGCUGCACCGUGCAAUAUCCCUGCUGUCCUCCAUUCCACCUUAAAAAACCAGAGGUGAGCUUUGAAAGAUUACAGACUGAUGUGUUUGUCCUCUGGGACAGGAACGCAGAGUCUGUGACUACGAUUGUAUCCACGCUGUUCUCCUUUGUGCCGAUCGAGUAGCUCGACGUCUGUUUGGAAUUGAUCAUAAAAUGAACAGAGAAGUGACGGCGCUGUCAGACCCCGCUCAGAGAGAGCAAUACAGGAGCUACGUCAUUAGUUCCUCCGUGUAGCCACAGUUGACAUCGUCAAACUAAGCCGAGCGCGCUCCCCGCCAAACAGAGUCAUCUUUAUGUAUGAGAAGGGCAUUCGCUUUAUUCCACUUUUCCAUCCACGCAUAAACAACCAGAUGUGCUCCCUCUGCUCAGAGCUGCCAUUUUUGGAGCACAGGUAGAUGUCAUCAUCGGCCCGUCCGACCACAUCUGUGCCAAAUUUGGUAAUUAGAAACAGAGUGCUCCCUGAGGCUGUCGUUCAGCCUGCAUGCUGUGUGCCGUGUACUGAUGUGUCUUUUGUGUGUUCAUGUUUUCAGAUUGUAUAUAGUUACCUAUGUGUGUCUGUUGAUAGUACAGAAAAGGUCACAGUGUGUGUGUGUGUGUGUGUGUGUGUGUGUGUGUGUGUGUGUGUGUGUGUGUGUGUGUGUGUGUGUGUGUGUACGUGCUCAUGAACGUGUGUGUGUUGUGUAAGAGACAACAUCAGCCCAUGGGUGCUGCGGUGGAGGCAGCAUCUGUGGAUUAAUUACCCAGAGGGCACCUAUCUACCCUUUCAGCACAGACAGGCCUCAGACACACAAACACACUCACGGGGCUUCAAAAUGUCACAACACCUUAGUUGCCAAAUAAUACUGCAGUUUCCAGCCAAAGAGGUUCACACGGCCACACAACAAGCCGCUGCCACGACUGCUACAGGCGUCGUCUGCUCUGACUGAUCUGUUACAUGUAGAGAAAGGAAAACGGUCUCUCUGCGUUCUGUGUGAGCCUCUCCUUAGUUUUCACUCUCAGUAGCUUCAUUCAUUCGCUACACUUUGCAUGAAGCUUCUGUUCUUUCCAAACACAAAGUGUUUAGUGUUGACAUGCUGAAAUCGGUGCUUAAUCCCAUCGAUCCAAAAAUCAAAGUUCUUCUAUAAAUUUGGAUUUUUUUGUUAAACCGUGGAAUGAUCGCGUACAGAGUUCAAACACGAUCCUUUCCCUCCCCGUCUAUGCAGUGCAGAGGUUAGUAUCAUUGCAAUCGCACAUUUCACUCGUAAUAAAGCCAAAUCUCCUUUCAAUUUUUCAAUUCAAUUCAAUUUUAUUUUAUAGCUCAC